GAUUAGUUGCCAAGAGGCGGGGCGACUCGACCGCCUGAGAAGUGGAGGCAGCGGCGAGAAGAGCCAUGGGUCAGGCGGCCAAGGUUUUACAGCUCUUUAAAACAUUGCACAGGACCAGACAACAAGUUUUUAAAAAUGAUGCCAGAGCGUUAGAAGCAGCCAGAAUAAAAAUAAAUGAAGAAUUCAAAAGUAAUAAAAAUGAGACUUCGCCUAAGAAAAUAGAAGAGCUAGUGAAAGUAGGUUCCGAUGUUGAAUUGUUACUCAGAACAUCUGUUAUACAAGGUAUUCACACAGACCACAAUACACUGAAAUUGGUCCCUAGAAAAGACCUUCUUGUAGAAAACGUGCCAUAUUGUGAUGUUCCAACUCAGAAGCAGUGAAUUUUCCAGGAUAAAAUAAGUCUUUGUACUUUCUAAUUUUAAAAUAUGUAACUCUGGCAAAAGGUCCUGAAAAUGCAGACAUUUUUCUCUAAUCUGGCAUAUUGAACAUGAAUGAAUUAAACAAUAGCUUCAUAUUUAAAUUUCAUGUU